AUGGUCACAGUGAGAGCUGUGCUAUCCUUCGCUGCCAUGAAUGGUGAUCUGAUGGAAGAAGUGUAUAUGACUCCACCUCCUGGUCUUUUAGGUGAAGGGGAGCCUCCAAGGAUUUGUUUUCUGCAGAGUCGUCAUGACUACUCACUCUUUAGCAAGAGGUCUGGUUCUGACUUAGUCAUCAUCGUUAUCUAUGUAUAUGACCUCUUAAUCACUGGCUCCUCUUCUCAAUUGAUUCAGGAGGCUAAGACUAUGCUCCAACAUCACUUUAAGAUCAAGGACCUGGGGAAGAUGAGAUACUUCCUUGGUCUUGAAAUUGCUAGGAGUAGGCAUGGAAUUCUAACGAACUCACAUGGCAAUCUGAAUGUUGAUGAGUUGCUAAGUGAUCCUAAUAGCUAUCAGAGAAUAGUUGGAAAACUGUUGUACCUAGCUAUGACAAGUCCAGAUAUCAACUAUGAUGUUCAGAACUUAAGACAAUUCAUGCAUAAGCUAAAGAGGUCAUACUUGGAAGGAGCAUUGAAGGUUGUGAGAUAUUUGAAGAAUGCAUCAGGAUUGGGAAUUUUGUUGUCUUCCAAACCAUCUAAACAACUCACAGUCCACUGUGAUGCAGAUUGGGCCACAUGUCCAAUGACUAGGAAAUUAGUAAGUGGAUUUGUGGUAAAGCUGGGUGAUUCUCUUAUCUCUUAUAAAUCAAAGAAACAAGUACAACGUCAAGGAGCUCUACAGAAGCAGAGUACAGGAGUAUGGCUAAUGCAAUAG